AUGCUCGCGGUUGGAGGCAAGCUCCUGGAUCAAGACCUGAUCCUUGUUGACUCCGAGACUCGGGACAUGCCCAGCGAAGGAGUCGAAGAACCUUCUGAAGUCGCCGCCGUCGGCGAGGAGAUCUAUGCCCAUUGGCACCGCUUUAAGGACGACCACCAGGACCUGCUGAGUGCGCCAGCGACUAAGCUCAUCAAGCUAAUCCACAAGCUCCAUAAAUCGGAAAUGAUGAAGUCAUUCCAAGUCUCUUGGGCCACGCCCCAAAGCUCGGAAGCGCGACCAAUGGCGGACGAAGGGGCCGAAGGGGCGACCGGUACAUGA